AUGGGCAUUUGCAGCUGCUCAAAUAAUAUUUUUAUAGACUCAAAUCCUAGAGAACUAUGCUCAGUGAAUAUAAAUAACGCAAUUUUAAAAGUGAUCUAUGGGGAUAUUCUCAGAGAAACCUCUCAAGCCAUUGCCAAUCCAGCAAGUUCUGGGCUGCUAAAUAAAAUUUGAAAUGAUGCACUUAUUUUAAAAGCUGGGUCGUCUCUUUUAGAUGAAGUCACAUCAUUCUCAAUGAAAAAUGGGCAUUUGCCCGUUGGCUCAGUAUUCGAGACUGGCCCUGGCAACCUUGGUUGCAAAUUUGUAAUUCAUGCAGUUGUUCCUGUCUAUAUAGACGGAAACCAAGGCGAAAAGAAUUAUUUAAUGAAAACCUUAUGGAAAAUCCUGUUAAAAUCAGUCGAAUUAAAAUGCACGUCCGUAUCAAUCCCUCAACUUUCGUCCGGAGCUUUCGCUUUUCCUAGAGAAGAAGGCUCAGAUAUCAUGCUUAAAACAAUAACUUCUUUUUUUGAAAAAAAUGAAAAUUCACCUUUAAAAGAAGUUAGGAUUUUGAGCACCGAAUUAGCAUCUGUUAAUUUAUUGAAAAAAUUAAUGCUGAAAAAUUUUGAUUUAGUGAAGGAUGGUCGCUUAAGAUGCAGAUCAUUCGGACUGGAAGACAUUAAAAUUUUUGAAUAA